UCUAAGGACGUAACAUCUAAAAUGAUAGAAGAGCAGAUUGGAAUGACUUGUUCACGAGAACCUACAAUCGGAAUAACAAUUACUUGUAUGAAUAUUGUGCGGAGUCUAUUUUGCAGAUUAAUGGCCAUUUCUUUAAUUAUAAAAAAUUAUACAAAUUUACAGAGAUUUUAAACUAACUGUCAUUGGGAGAAAUAACCUUAAGGAUAUUAUUGUAUUCUCAUUUGAAAAAAAUCAGCUGUUAAGUCAUAAUUCCAAAUUAGAACGUAUUUGCAUUGACAAACCUUGCUAAUUUCAAAAUCUCGAUAAAAAUCGAACUAUAUAUACGAAGUUAACCAAUCAAGUCUGGGAAAUACAGCCUUGGUUGUAUAGUUUUCAGAAAGAUAUGGCAGAAUAUAAUGCAAACGAAGAGACUAUAAAAACAAAUGGUUCACAACUUUCUACUGCUAAGGACAAGGACCAGAGCGAUGAUACGCAUUUAACUAAAACAGAAAGAUCUUCUAAGCAGUUGAAAAAUAAUACGUCAAUAACGCGACGGCACGUCUCGCCUAACUCACCAAAAGAAAACAGAGAAAUAAUGGCGGAUGAUGGUAAUGAUAGGGACGAUGAUGAUAACGAAAAAAAGCAUCGUCUUGAGCGAAGACAAAUAUUCAAUCUGAUAAAAUAUUUCAUAUCCAUGGUGCUCGCUGUGUCCGACAUAACAUUUGACUGGAUUGAGUAUUUUGAAAUGAACAAAAGAGGAAAUUACUCCAUUGUUGUAAAAAGACGGUCAAGAACUUUUUCGGACACCGAUUUUACUCAUGAAUGUGAAGGUCAAGGGGAGACACUUCAAUUUAUUUUCCUUAUAUUUACUAUUGUUGGAACUGCUUUGUCCGCAUUGCAGAUACUUAAUAUCAUUUAUCAAUUGUUUUACGAAUUUAAGGGCGUCGAUAAAGAAAAACGACUUGUACAUGAAUUCGUGGAAACAUUUGUAUUUCUAUGUUUUGUCGAAAUUUCGCAGAUGUUUUUGAUAAUGGGAUUUUAUGACGUCUGUACUCUAGAUUGUGACAUAAAUGCCCCUGAAAUUUUUAUUGCAACGAAUGGCAUGAUUUCUUACGUGAGAAUAUUCUGGAGAUUCUUUACGAGCUUCAGUUGCUGUUCGUCCCAUUUGACAACAAAACGGCGGCGGAAGGUGCAAUUUACUACCAAGGGAGAUAACAACUGUUGUCCUCUUUCCAAUUGCUAUACCGUUUGUUUGUAUCUUUUGUAUAUUGAGUGGGUCGAAGAAAAGUAAACAUGGCAAAAAUGUGAAAUGGAAAUGUAUGCAGUCGUGUAAAUGUUGCAUCCUGAGAUGUUUUCCUUCCAGAUUUGAAGAGCCAGACACCAAAGCUUGUGAUUGUACAUGUCGAAAAUGCAUGGCUUGUGAACGGUUCUGUAAAUGUUGUGUUUUACGGUGCUUUCCAAAAUAUUUACCCACUCCUUUACAGGAUGCAUGUGAAUGUUUGUGUGGUAAAUGUAUGCGUUGUGAACGAAAUUGUCGUUGUUGUGUACUUCGCUGUUUUCCGUUGCAUCUUGAGCCGCCAAAAUCCGACGUUUGGACAUGUAGGUGUUUUGAAUGUCUCGCGUGCGAAAUGCCAUGUAAAUGUUUUACAUUUAGAUGUUUCCCAACCCAUUUAAAGUCCACUAAGACCGAUAUUUUGACGUGCAGAUGUCGGGAAUGCUUGUCGUGUAUGCUACCAUGUAAAUGUUUUACUUUCCGAUGUUUUCCUGAAUAUCAACGCCCUGAAAUUUCUGAUUGGUGGGAAUGCACAUGUGGUGACUGCAUGAAAUGUGAACGAGCAUGCGCAUGUUGUAUUUUACGAUGCUGUCCGUCAUAUUUUGAUAGCAAUGAAUACUGUACAUGUAUGUGUAAGAAAUUCCUGGCUUGUCAAAAGUCCUUUGGAUGUUGCAUAUGUCGAUGCUUCCCGGGCACUUUGGAUUCCUCAAAAGAGGAGAAUUGCGAGUGCACAUGUGGUCAAUUCUUAAAAUGCAAAAAUAACACUUGCACACUGUGCACCUCGAAAGUUCAUCCUAUAGUAGUAACAACUCAACCAAAAACUCCCCCACCUCCUCCAAAGCCUAGAGAUUGUAGUAAGUGUAUUAAUUGUCUGUUGGGCUUUUUAGCUGUUUUAAUCAUCCUUUUGCUGCUUUUCUAUUUAUUUUUGUUAGUCGUACAAGUACGUUAUGUGCUUGUAUGCGAGGACAGUGGUGCGUUUAUGUCAUUCUUGCACCAAAUAUUUGUGCAGUGCUAUCUCCUAAUCUUUCUUUUCUGAUAUGACAAUCAUAUUGAUAUGGAUUUGAUAUAGAUUUGUUUCGUGGUUUCAGUUAACUCGAACAAUUCAAUCCCUCUCCGUGUCCGAUUUUCUCCAAUGCAGCCAUCGUAUAGCAGCGGAAUAUAACGACUGAAUUAUUCGGGUUAGGUUUCAGUAUUGAAAAUGUCAUUUACCAUCGUUUCAACGGAAAUAAAUAUUAAUCUUUAAAAAUGAACUUUUUUGUCUUGUGCAUAAUACUCAUCUUAGAGGUUGGUGUCUUAAAGAACCUUAUAAAAAUUAGAAUUAUAAGCACCGAGGUCGUGCGCAUUUUUGCGCAUUCAGCGCUUCAUUGUUCCAUUCUCAGAAGCAAUGAUGUACAAUAAUUAUAAUUCUUCAUAGUAAUACAACAUGAGGGACAAAACGUCAAGGAACAAUCUUUGGUCAACUUUGUACUGUUGUUGUUUUGUUUGGUUGUGUUCUUUUGUCUCGAGAAUGUGUUUUCCUCUGCGUUUCGAAAUAUAUUUACAAAACAAAAUGUAUAUUCUUAUUUAUUUAUUAUUUCUAGCACCCGGGUCUGGAUGGGGUUUACAGAAAACAGAAAAGUGAGACAAAAAGAAAAAUAAUAAUAGAGAAAAAUGGCCUAAAAUUUUUUUAAAAAUGCAGAAAUGAAGACCCCGAUCCAGACACUCUUAUAUGGUUGAAUCCCUUUCUUCUGUCUAUUGUCUAUGACCACACAAGUAACAUUUAAAUCAACAUAUUCAAUGUUUUAAUUGUAUUAUUAACACUGGGUUAUUUAACAAUUUUAUUUUAUUAUUUCGAUUUGUUAAGCCAAAAAGAGGAAUAUAAUAAUUGAUAUUUUAGAAAUUAUGAAAUAAAUUCUUAUUUACAUUUUUACCACAUCCUUAAAUUACUUUUUUUUUUAAUUUAGAUAGAUAGUUAUAUGAUAAUCUGCAUUUGUUGUGUUUAUAAAUAGAACGUGUAUAAAAUGUGUGAGUGGUUAUCAUUAUGUUUUUUCUAAUGCAUGUGCUUUAUAUAAAUAAGAAAUAAAACAAAU